CCCCGCCGCCAUUUUCCAUGUUAUUCUCUUAGCACACUUUACUUCACAAAUUUUGAAUGCGAUAAUUUACUUUGCAAAGUGUGUGCUAUUAGGUUCCCAUCUUCUCCAGAUUAGUGGAGGAGGGAUUUUUUGUUUUGUCUCCAAAUUCUGCCGAGUUGAAGACCUGUUGAAACAGCCAUGUACAUAAAACAGGUUAUUAUUCAGGGGUUCCGAAGUUACAGGGACCAAACGGUGGUCGAUCCCUUUAGUCCAAAGCACAAUGUUAUUGUUGGAAGAAAUGGCUCAGGAAAGAGUAAUUUUUUCUAUGCCAUCCAGUUUGUGCUCAGUGAUGAGUUCAGCCACCUUCGACCUGAACAGCGCCUGGCCCUCCUCCACGAGGGAACUGGUCCACGUGUCAUUUCGGCCUUUGUGGAGAUUAUAUUUGACAACUCUGACAACCGGCUGCCGAUUGACAAAGAGGAGGUCUCCCUUCGCCGCGUCAUCGGUGCAAAGAAGGACCAGUACUUCUUGGACAAGAAGAUGGUGACUAAGAAUGAUGUCAUGAACCUUCUGGAGAGCGCCGGCUUCUCUCGCAGCAACCCCUACUACAUCGUCAAGCAGGGAAAGAUUAACCAAAUGGCCACAGCGCCCGACUCCCAGCGUCUGAAGCUUCUGCGAGAGGUGGCAGGAACACGAGUGUACGACGAACGAAAGGAGGAGAGCAUUUCACUCAUGAAGGAGACGGAGGGGAAGCGAGAAAAGAUCAAUGAACUAUUGAAGUACAUCGAGGAGCGCCUGCACACCCUGGAAGAUGAAAAGGAAGAGCUGGCUCAGUACCAGAAGUGGGACAAGAUGAGAAGAGCUCUGGAGUACACCAUUUACAACCAGGAGCUGAAUGAAACGCGUGCCAAGCUGGAUGAGCUUUCCAGCAAGAGAGAGACCUGUGGAGACAAAUCCAGGCAGCUGCGUGAUGCUCAGCAAGAUGCCAGAGACAAAGUGGAGGAGACGGAGCGCGUUGUGCGUGAGCUGAAGUCAAAGAUCUCUGCUAUGAAGGAAGAAAGGGAGCAACUGUCGGCGGAGCGCCAGGAGCAGAUCAAGCAGAGGACCAAACUCGAGCUGAAGGCCAAGGACCUGCAGGAUGAGCUGGCAGGCAACAGCGAACAGAGGAAACGUCUGCUGAAGGAGCGCCAGAAGCUCCUGGAGAAAAUUGAGGAGAAACAAAAAGAACUGCAGGAGACUGAACCCAAAUUCAACAUGGUUAAGGAAAAGGAGGAGCGUGGCAUCUCCAGACUGGCUCAAGCUACACAGGAGAGGACUGACCUGUAUGCCAAACAGGGCCGUGGCAGUCAGUUCACCUCGAAGGAGGAGAGGGACAAGUGGAUCAAGAAGGAGCUUAAGUCUCUGGACCAGGCCAUCAACGAUAAGAAGAGGCAGAUUGCAGCCAUCCACAAAGACCUGGAGGACACGGAGACAAACAAAGAGAAGAACCUCGAGCAGUACAAUAAACUCGAUCAGGACCUAAACGAAGUGAAGACCCGUGUUGAGGAGCUGGACAAAAAGUAUUAUGAAGUCAAGAACAAGAAAGAUGAACUUCAGAGCGAAAGAAACUACUUGUGGCGUGAGGAGAACGCAGAGCAGCAGGCCCUGGCAGCCAAACGAGAGGACCUGGAAAAGAAACAGCAGCUCCUCAGAGCAGCUACAGGCAAGGCGAUCCUGAACGGUAUCGACAGCAUUAACAAAGUCCUUGAACAUUUUCGGCGGAAGGGAAUUAACCAGCAUGUCAUCAAUGGUUACCAUGGCAUUGUCAUGAAUAACUUUGAAUGUGAACCUGCCUUUUACACCUGUGUGGAGGUGACUGCUGGAACAAGACUGUUUUACCACAUUGUGGAGACUGAUGAAGUCAGUACUAAAAUUCUGAUGGAGUUCAACAAAAUGAACUUGCCUGGAGAAGUCACUUUCCUGCCUCUGAGCAAGCUGGAUGUCAGAGACACUGCCUACCCAGAAACUAACGAUGCUAUCCCCAUGAUCAGCAAGCUCCGCUACAGCACCAACUUUGACAAGGCCUUCAAGCACGUGUUUGGGAAGACUCUGAUUUGUCGUAGCAUGGAAGUGUCCACCCAGCUUGCUCGAGCUUUCACCAUGGACUGCAUAACUCUGGAGGGUGACCAAGUGAGCCACCGUGGAGCGUUGACUGGAGGUUACUACGAUACCAGAAAGUCUCGCCUGGAGCUUCAGAAAGAUAUGAGGAAAGCCGAGGAGGAACUGGGCGAGCUGGAGGCCAAGCUCAAUGAGAACCUGCGGAGGAACAUUGAACGCAUCAACAACGAGAUCGACCAGCUGAUGAACCAGAUGCAGCAGAUCGAGACUCAGCAGAGGAAGUUCAAGGCGUCCAGAGACAGUAUUCUGUCAGAGAUGAAGAUGCUAAAGGAGAAGAGGCAGCAGUCAGAGAAGACCUUCAUGCCCAAGCAACGCAGCCUGCAAAGUUUGGAGGCCAGUCUCCACGCCAUGGAGUCGACCAGGGAGUCUCUGAAGGCUGAGCUCGGUACAGAUCUCCUUUCUCAGCUCAGCCUUGAGGAUCAGAGACGCGUGGAUGACCUCAACGAUGAGAUUCGUCAGUUGCAGCAGGACAACCGGCAAUUGUUAAAUGAGAGAAUCAAGCUGGAGGGAAUAAUGACCAGGGUGGAAACGUAUCUCAACGAGAACUUACGGAAGCGUCUUGACCAAGUGGAGCAGGAGCUAAAUGAGCUGCGAGAGACUGAGGGAGGCACAGUGCUCACAGCCACAACAUCUGAGCUGGAUGGUAUCAACAAACGUGUCAAAGAUACUCUGUCUCGAUCGGAAGAUCUGGAUUCUAUGAUUGACAAGACGGAGGGAGAGAUCAAGGACCACAUAAAGAGCAUGGAGCGAUGGAAAAAUAUCGAGAAAGAGCAGAAUGACGCCAUCAACCACGACACCAAAGAGCUGGAGAAGAUGACCAACAGGCAGGGAAUGCUGCUCAAGAAGAAAGAGGAGUGCAUGAAAAAGAUCAGAGAGCUCGGCUCACUGCCUCAGGAGGCCUUUGAGAAGUACCAGACCCUCACACUCAAGCAGCUGUUCAGAAAGCUGGAGCAGUGCAACACGGAGCUGAAGAAGUACAGCCACGUCAACAAGAAGGCUCUGGACCAGUUUGUCAACUUCUCCGAGCAAAAGGAAAAGCUGAUCAAGCGUCAGGACGAGCUGGACCGGGGCUACAAGUCCAUCAUGGAGCUCAUGAACGUCCUGGAGCUGCGCAAGUACGAGGCCAUCCAGCUCACCUUCAAACAGGUGUCAAAGAACUUCAGCGAAGUCUUCCAGAAGCUGGUGCCAGGCGGCAAAGCCACACUGGUGAUGAAGAAAGGCGACGCCGAAGGCAGCCAGUCGCAGGACGAGGGCGAGGGGGGUGCGGACAGCGAGCGGGGCUCGGGGUCACAGAGCAGCGUUCCCUCAGUGGACCAGUUCACUGGAGUCGGCAUCAGAGUGUCGUUCACUGGAAAGCAGGGGGAGAUGAGGGAGAUGCAGCAGCUGUCCGGAGGCCAGAAGUCGCUGGUGGCCCUGGCCCUGAUCUUCGCCAUUCAGAAGUGCGACCCUGCUCCCUUCUACCUGUUCGAUGAGAUCGAUCAGGCCCUGGAUGCCCAGCACAGGAAGGCCGUCUCAGACAUGAUCGUGGAGCUGGCGGGCCACGCUCAGUUCAUCACCACCACCUUCAGGCCCGAGCUGCUCGAGUCGGCCGACAAGUUCUACGGCGUGAAGUUCAGAAACAAGGUGAGUCACAUCGACGUGAUCACAGCCGAGCAGGCCAAAGACUUUGUGGAGGACGACACCACCCAUGGCUAAUAUUCCAUCAUCCUCUCAUACCUGCCUCCUCCGCCUCUGCACAGCGCUGCUCCGAGCCUCCGACAAACAAAAGGUCACAGCCAGAAAUAUCCCAGUAAAUCGACAGCCUUUAUUUUUAGACAAACGGCACACAAAGCUCCAUUUUCCCAGAACACUUUGGAUUUUGUUUAACUGCCCCCCCCCCAAAAACAACAACAAUCGUUUCAGGCUGAACGGAAAAAGCAAAUGCGUAUGAAUCCAAAUCUCAGAUGAAAUAUGGUUUUAUUAGAAACUAGAUGUGCGAGCGUGAGGCCGUGCUGUUCAGCCGCAGGCGUGUUUACUCUGAAAGAGCGAGAACGCGCUUCAGGUUUGAGUCACCACUGAGAAAACAUUGGAGCCGAGGCCUGGAGAGAAGUGUCUGCGGCGUGGGGUUUUAGGACAGCUGUGUACAGUUCAGACAGUUUUGAUAUGACUUUGGUAAAGAUUGUUCGGGAGAGUUCUUAAACCCGAUCUGGACGUCUGUUUUUGUUUCCAGUCCCGUAAAAAGAACUCCAGCCUCGUUCCUUUUUUUAGUAGGUUUCCUCCGAUUUAUCCUCUUUGUAUUCACCAAACAAUGUUAACCUGUAUUUCUCACAAAAGUUUAAAUGUUAAAGAAUAUUUCUGUUUUAUUCUUAUUGUUGUUACUGUAUCGUGUUCUUUUUUCAGGUCAAUUAAAUAUCUGAAAGGUUCAUUCUGUGACACCAGGUCCACGUUUUUUAAUAGAAAACAUCUCCUGACUGUAACUCCAGCAGCAGGUUGUGCCUAGAUUCCCAUCUGUUUUUCUUUUUAUGUAAUUAGAAAACCUACAAAAAUAAUAAAAGGUUUUAAAAGGA